AGGGCCGCCGCGGGGUACAGAGCUCGAGUGUAUAACAUUAUUCAAAUUUGUUUAUUUACAAUCUGUCACAAUCAAUUACCGAGAAAAGGACAACACAAAGCAACGCACUCACGCACCGUACCGCAUGGCUGAUGACGCGGCGUCAGAAUGCUUGUUCGAGCGACUUCGCUUGUACCAACAGCGUGCGCCCGACUCCGCAGAAGUGGCACGUGCCAUCACUGCGCGGAUCAACUCCCGCCUCUCCUCUCAUGACAAACAUAUACGUCAAAACACCCUUGAAAAACUCUGGAGUAAACAAUCAGGGGCUAUUCAAAUGUUAGUGACAAUCCUGGAGAACUCAAGAGAUACAGCUACAUUGACAUACGUAACAUCGGUUCUAAGAGAAGCGUUAUGUUUAAAACAAGGAAAAGGAAAAAAGUGUUCAGUAGCAAAUGAAACACAAGGAGUUAAGAAAAAGGAAACCAUAAAAACAGGCAAAGAAAAUAAAGAUCCCAUCUUUAAAAAGGCAAAUAACAUUGCCCGGCAGCAGUGUUCACAGCAUUUCAUUUCAAUGAACGGCACACAAGUUGUAAUCCGGUCGUUGCUCGCAAUUCAUAGCAAACGCGACAGCAAUGUGAGCACUGAAUUGAUGCUGCAAGAUCUCGUUUGGAUCGUUGCAGCCCUCGCCCCUAAAGAUCCAAAAUUCGCAAUGAAAGUUAGAAUGUUAGGCUGUGUGAGGACAAUGCAUCUCAUAUUAAAAGGUCAUUUUAGCGAUAACAAGUUAAUAUUUCCUCUUCUUGUUAUAAUGAAACAACUCGCCAAAAAUGCUGUUACAACUUCAAUUUUAAUACGAGACGGAGUUAUUGCUACCUACGAGAGAGUUUUAGUUAGUCUUGGCUUCAUACCGACCGCCCGACUUCGGCUCUGUCUCGACGCUAUCGAUUACUUCAGUAAAAACAAGGUAUGCUGCAUGCAGAUAGUGAAGACUGGCCUAUGUAGCGUUCUCCUCAGGGUGUUUGACCGCUGGGACCGCUACGAGGGUCGCAUGAGACUGAAGAUAUGCGCACACAUCCUCCAAACUUUGCAACAUCUUUGUAAUAUAAAAGCUGGACGUCGAGCUCUUUGUACAAAGAAGCACGUGCAAACACUGCAUAGAUUCUGCUCACAAUGCCCCGAUGAAAUAGAAUUUGAUGGGCUCUUGGCUAGAGUCUGCUCCGUUAUUACUCUUUGUCUCAAGCAUCAAGCUCUACCAGUUCCAGUUUCCAGUCCCGCAUCGUUUAACCUUAACCCCAUAUUAAAAGGUACAAAUACAAUGUGGCCAUGUCAUGAAGAUGAAGAUGAUGGUGCAAAUUCCGAUUCGAAAACAAUAAAUUCAGAUCUAGAUGAUGAUGGCCCAGAUAGUGACAACGACGGAGCUGAUGAGUAUCUUGAUAUCGAGCUGGAAGAUAAUGAGUUAAAAUCUAGUGAAGACGUAGAAAAAGGUCACAUAAAAAAUGGAGAGAGUUUACAGAGCACUUUAUGGUUUAAUCCUAAUGAGAGAGAUACAGAAGACUUAAAAAAAUAUUGUAUUUAUUUUAAAGAAUUCGGUUCUUACAAUAAGCAAAUUAGAGCGGUAAAAAGUCGUUCUAACUCCCGAGGAUCAAUACUGGAAGAUAUAUUUGUGACUCAGAGUGGCAGUGCUCGAAGUAACCCAUCUCCUUCGAGUUUUUCUCUAGCUGCAGCUGCAGGGAACACAGAAUACGACAGCUCUUUGGGUUCAUCGCAUACUUUUUCAUUCCUACGUGGAUUUCAUAAGAUACAUGAAAGUCCCUCAAUAACGACAUGCUCAUCUCUAAAGAUUCACAAAGAUAUAUCAAGAUAUAGCUCAUUCGCAGCCGUCUAUUCAACUAUAUCAUCGAGAGUAAAAAGCAUAAUACCAUUCAUCAAAGUCGCUUAUCCAGAUAUGACAGGUGGCCAGGGGACUAACCAACCUGAACCUCUAAAUAAAAUGGAAAGAACUGCAUGCAGGAACAAGUUACUGGCGUGCGUGGAAAGAGCUAUAAAUCCAGAAUCAUAUAUGAAUGAAGUUGUAUACGACUUAGAUGCUCUUUGUGCUUCUGGCAUGACUACCGAUGCUUCGUUACAGAAAAGAUGGACAACCAAUAUGACCAGUGACAAUUUAUUUUUAAUUAACAAUGAUGAACAAGAAAUCACGAAACUUAACAAUUUCUCGUCGCGGUUAAGUUUCGAAUCAAGAUUUGAGUCGGGUAAUCUAAGGAAAGCGAUUCAGGUGGGUCCUAGAGAAUACGAACUAAUUCUGAUGCCAGAUGUAAAUUCAACGAAACGUCACCAAUGGUUUUAUUUCGAAGUUCGGAACAUGCAACAGGGCCGUCCAUACACCUUCAACAUCGUCAAUUGUGAGAAAUCAGAUAGUCAAUUCAAUUUCGGAAUGAAACCUGUUAUGUAUUCUGUAAAGGAGGCUGUUCUUGGAAGACCAGGCUGGGUGAGAGCUGGAUCAGACAUCUGCUAUUAUCGGAAUAGCUACCACUACACUAACCAGAAGAACAACAAGUGCUACCUAACGGUCACAUUCAACUUAGAGUUCCCUCACACUAACGAUGUCUGCUAUCUCGCGUACCAUUUCCCUUUUACGUAUUCAAUGAUGAUGACAAGAAUAUGGCAAUGGAGUACUCAGUUGCCUCCCGGGUCAUAUCUCCGCACUGAGCCACUCUGCUACUCUCUUAAUAACAAUGAAGUUCCUUUGUUAACGAUAUCGGCCGAGGAUACACUGUCUAAUCCUUUAGUGGAUAGAGAGAUAAUCUUCCUGACAGCACGUGUGCAUCCCGGCGAGAGCAACGCGUCAUGGGUGAUGGACGGAACCUUGGGGUUCCUGCUGGCAGCCUCGCCAUCAGCUGCCGCAUUGCGAGCUAAAUACAUCUUUAAGAUUGUGCCUAUGCUUAAUGUGGAGGGAGUCAUCAACGGAUGCCAUCGCUGCGGCUUAACUAAUGAAGAUUUAAAUCGACGCUGGUGCAAGCCGAGCCCCGUUUUGCAUCCUUCUAUUUACCAUACCAAGGGAUUAAUAGAAUACUUGGUACGAGUUUGGAAGAAACCACCAUUAGUAUACUGCGACUAUCACGGACAUUCGCGCAAGAAGAAUGUGUUCUUUUAUGGAUGCGCCGGCGCAGAGAGUUGGUGCAGCAACGACCGGCUCGUGCAGGACGAACCUGUUAAAUACCUUAUGCUGCCGGCUCUUAUGCAUCGAAUUUCACCUGCAUUCGCGUUAGGAUCGUGUUCUUUUCGCGUGGAACGAGAGCGAGAGAGCACUGCCCGCGUCACAGUGUGGCGGCACCUCGGCGUCACCAGAUCUUAUACCAUGGAGGCGUCUUUCUGCGGCUUCGACCGGGGACCCUUUAAGGGAUUUCAUCUGAAUACUCAGCAUCUGCAGGGUGUGGGCAGUGACUUUUGCGAGGCCCUCAACGGUCUUGGUGAUAACGCCUCCAAUGUUGACAUCCAACUGACUAAAGAUCUUAACGGCAGUGAAAGAACUGUGGACAGCGAGCCCGGAUCAGGCUCUGACAGCGUGCUGAAAACCGACUCGGAUGAAGAUUUUGACUAACUAUGUAUAAGUGUCUUAAGCAAUGUUCUCUCCAAAAACUAUAUCUUAUCUACAAUACUAGCCAUGUUUACAAAAUAUUCUCACUAGUUAGAAGUUUUCUUGUACUUUACUUAAAUAAAUUUUAUUUUAUUUUUUGAUAUAAAAGGAAUAAGUGAUAUAUAUUUGUCUUAACCCGUUUGAGUGACG